CGACACCCCAAACCACCACCCACGUCGCACUUUCUCGCUCACGCAAACACUCACAAUGGCCAUCAAGCCAAUCACCGGAAUGCUCCGUCGGGGCGUCGUGCUUGACCUCACUGUUGCGACUGGUAUCGGAUUAACUGCCGGCUCUUUCUGGUGGUACGGCUACCACGUUCCGGCCGUUCGUCACCGAGACGCUUUCUACCAGAAGAUCGAGGAUGAGCGGGCUGCCGCGCUCGGCCAGAAAUAAGGCACUCCUCGGUUGAAGUUUAGGUCAGCGGUCUCUGUACAGCAUCAUCGCAGGAAGAUGGAGAGGGUUGGGAUGAGGUGGUGGAGUUGUACUAUAUGCCUCGAG